AUGGUCCGCCGUCUCUCAGCCUCAUCGCUCCUCCUGCUCGCCGCUUCGGCGACUGCCCAGAAACUCAACUCAUGGCCCCAACAUAAUUAUGGGGGCACCGGCCUCACAACAGACAACGACAUCAACACGUCUGAAGCGAGAAACAUCGCCACGGGAGCACCUGCAGACUUCUACCUCCUUUUCAACUUUCGGAUCACCCUCACCGGGUUUUACAUCCAACCCUCCGGGGACUUCAUCACCGAUUACGACGUCUCCGCCUUAAUUGGUGAUAUAGGCCUCGUCAAGUGGUUGGAUGUCGGCCAAGUCUGUGGGGCUACUGGAAACUUCACGUUUGUGCCCUUGAUUGACCCAGAAGACGGGGGCUCUGUGCGGUCCGACACGUUGUCUAUCAGCGUCAGCGGUGCCAAGGGGAACUCCUCGACCGCCAUCAUCAAUGAGAUCUGGCCUGUCUUCCCCGGUGACGAAAUUUUCGACCCUGGAAAUACUUCUCCGAAUUUCAUGUGGGAUGAUGAGCAGGGGAUUGGCACCGGAUUGCUGCAGCAGAAGGCACGAAGCCCUGCCAACGUCAGCUGA